CUUUCCCAGAAACAGAAAAUAAAAUAAAAGAUUUCUCCAAUCCAUCCCACAGAGUAAAGAGUACCAAAUCUUCCAUGAUACCACAAAAAAAUAGUCCAUAAAAUCUCUGACCUUUGCAUGCAACCCCCCUCCACUGCCCCCAUCUUCUCUGCCCAGGGGUGGACUGACCAUUUGGAAACUCAGGCACUGCCCGAGGGCCCGGGGUCUGUAGGGGGCCCCAUGAGAUGCCCAUGGUACCUUUUUCAUAGGCUUUUUUGAGUUUGGGCAAGGACACAGGCACCCCAUGAUCCCCUAUUGCCCAGGGGCCCCAUGAGUUGUCAGUCCGCCCCUGCCU